AUGCCGAGAACACCUUGCGAUUUUUCAUGCCGGGAUAAGAUAGAUCUCGCCCUGUCUCCCCGCUCUCGGGGAGCGGCCACACAGCCCUGUCCGCCGGCCCCGCGGCCCCACCAAACCUCGGGGCUCUCCCUUCUUUUGGCUCUCCCGCGUCCUUUAUUCCCCUUCUCCCCCCCCUUCCCUCCCUGUUUCCCCCUAUUUUUCCCUCUAUUUGUCUCCUACGUGUCUCCUAUUUGUCUCCUAUUUUUUUUUCCCGCGGGUGUCACAGGUUCUUCCUUCGGGCCCAGCGGCCGUCGAGGCCGCCAGACCUACACCCGCUACCAGACGCUGGAGCUGGAGAAGGAAUUCCACUUCAACCGCUACCUGACCCGGCGCCGGCGGAUCGAGAUCGCCCACUCCCUCUGCCUGACCGAGCGGCAGAUCAAAAUCUGGUUCCAGAACCGCCGCAUGAAGUGGAAAAAAGAGAACAAAUUGCUCAACUCCUCGCAACUCAGCGCGGAGGAGGAGGAGGAGAAAACGGCGGAGUGAAAAGUAUUAUUUAAAAAACGCACACGCAGGAAAAA